GGAUGCAACUACCUGAUAAAUAUAAGGAGAAUGUGUACGUAUCUAGCGCAGGCUCUUUGUCUGGAGUUAGUAAGUUACUGAGUUUAAUACUACAGACGAAGGGCCUUCGCUCGAAACGUCGACAUUUUUUUCAGGUAGUGAGGUAGUUGCAUCCCUACGAGCGAAAGCUUGUUAUUGUUGGCACUACCAAACCUGACACAGACAGAUCAGAACCAAGUUCUGACAGAGACACUUCAGUAUCAAGUGAAUUGGCUACAUGAUAUAUUACAAUAGGCUGCGUUAUGUAAUAUUGUGUAUCCUUGUGUCUCCUAAUAUUGUGACGAUACUAAUAUUUGAUAGUUGAUACUGUUAAUAGGAAAUUGAUAAAUGAUCAAACCGUGCCUUGCUUUUAACCUUAUAAAUGAAACCAUCGAGUUUAUGUAGGACUAACGUCUAAACACAAGCCAUGAAACAUGUGGCCAAGGCAAAAUCAAUGAUCUGGUUUCUUGCACUUCACUUGGUGGAAUUAAUAUUAGAAUGCUGGUUUUAGGGUUUGUAAUCCAAAUGAGUAUAUAUACACUGUAAUUCCAGACCAGGAACGACUGCGAAAAAUGCAGCACAAAGUUCUCUGGUAGGAAUUGAAUCUACGGCCUUGCGAUUUCGGUUCAGCGCUCUAAACAACCGAGCUACAGAGGCCAGCUAGGGCUGUUGAGCUGUAACCAUAAAUUCAUAUAUAUAUAUAUAUAGGUGUGCGGGUUGUGAAAAUGCAGCACAAGGUCCUCUGGUAGGAAUUGAACCUCUGCAAUUCCAGUGCAGCGCUUUAACCAACAGAGCUACGGAGGCCAGCUGUUAAGCUGUAACCGUAAGUUCAUGUAUAUAUAGGUGAUCGGGUGUGCGGGUUGUGAUAAGGUGGACUUCAAUUAUCUGGUUACUUGCACCUCCCAACAGCUGGCCUCUAUAGCUCAGUUGGUUAGAGUGCUGCACCGGAAUCGCAGGGCCAUUGGUUCAAUUCCUACCAGAAGGCAUUGUGCUACAUUUUAUGCAGUCAUUCCUGGUCAGGUCUUGAAGUGUAUAUAUACUCACUUGGAUUACAAACCCUAAAAACAGCAUUCUAAUAUUAAUUCCACCAAGUGAAGUGCAAGAAACCAGAUCAUUGAAGUCCACUUUAUCACAACCCACAUGCCCGAUCACCUAUAUAUCCAUGAACUUACGGUUACAGCUCAACAGCUGGCCUCUGUAGCUCAGUUGGUUAUAGCGCUGCACCGCAAUCGCAGGGCCGUUGGUUCAAUUCCUACCAGAGGACCUUGUGCUACAUUUUAUGCAGUCAUUCCUGGUCAGGUCUUGAAGUGUAUAUAUACUCACUUGGAUUACAAACCCUAAAAACAGCAUUCUGAUAUUAAUUCCACCAAGUGAAGUGCAAGAAACCAGAUCAUUGAAGUCCACCUUAUCACAACCUGCACACCCGAUCACCUAUAUAUCCAUGAACUUACAGUUACAGCUAAACAGCUGGCCUCUGUAGUCUGUAGCUCAGUUGGUUAGAGCGCUGCACUGGAAUCACAGGGCCAUAGGUUCAAAUCCUACCAGAGGACCUUGUGCUGCAUUUUUCGCAGUCGUUCCUGGUGAGGUCUUAAAGUGUAUAUAUACUCACUUGGAUAACAAAACCUAAAAACAGCAUUCUAAUGCCAAGGCAAAACCCUAGUUUAAUUUAAUUUAAAACCCUUGUGUCUCAUUUCAGAAUUGACUACGUAUACAUAUAAUAAACUCUGCAAUAUUAUAUUCCAGCUAGUAUCUGACCAUACAUUUAACCGCAUUUAUAGGGCAGAAUGUUUUCAUCCCUGCUGACCAAACCAUUUUGAAUACCAUGGAAUACCAACACCAUUUUGGUUUUAGAUGCGUCCAACACCAUUUUUUUUUCGUGCAUCCAACACCAUUUUGGUUUUGGAUGUGUCCAACACCAUUUUGGUUUUGGAUGUGUCCAACACCAUUUUGGUUUUGGAUAUGUCCAACACCAUUUUGGUUUUGGAUAUGUCCAACACCAUUUUGGUUUUGGAUAUGUCCAACACCAUUUUGGUUUUGGAUGUGUCCAACACCAUUUUGGUUUUGGAUGUGUCCAACACCAUUUUGGUUUUGGAUGUAUCCAACACCAUUUUGGUUUUGGAUAUGUCCAACACCAUUUUGGUUUUGGAUGUGUCCAACACCAUUUUGGUUUUGGAUGUGUCCAACACCAUUUUGGUUUUGGAUGUGUCCAACACCAUUUUGGUUUUGGAUGUGUCCAACACCAUUUUGGUUUUGGAUGUGUCCAACACCAUUUUGGUUUUGGAUGUGUCCAACACCAUUUUGGUUUUGGAUGUGUCCAACACCAUUUUGGUUUUGGAUGUGUCCAACACCAUUUUGGUUUUGGAUGUGUCCAACACCAUUUUGGUUUUGGAUAUGUCCAACACCAUUUUGGUUUUGGAUGUGUCCAACACCAUUUUGGUUUUGGAUAUGUCCAACACCAUUUUGGUUUUGGAUAUGUCCAACACCAUUUUGGUUUUGGAUGUGUCCAACACCAUUUUGGUUUUGGAUAUGUCCAACACCAUUUUGGUUUUGGAUGUGUCCAACACCAUUUUGGUUUUGGAUGUGUCCAACACCAUUUUGGUUUUGGAUGUGUCCAACACCAUUUUGGUUUUGGAUGUGUCCAACACCAUUUUGGUUUUGGAAACGUCUAACACCAUUUUUGUGUUGGAUGCACCAACGCCAUUUUGGAUUGGAUGCCACUAACACCACCUUGGUUCUGUUGGAUGCAUGCAUGCCACACCAUUCCAUAGAUUUCUACAUACUCUAAACUUACUUAACAACCCAAUAUCUCUGCGUCUAUGAAAUUUGACGAUAAGUAAUAAUACCUCGGUCAUAUAAAGUUGAUGAUUAUGGAACAAAACUCCUAUUUCCUCUUAGUAAU